AAAGAUGGUGGACCAACGAGAAUGGCAAAGUCAGGCAAUCAAUCUCAGCGGUGUAAUAUUUAUCUUGCAUCUUUUCUUUUUAUUUUUCUUCCUGCUCUUCUUCAUCUUCUUCUAUAUCACUACUUUUGUCUCUGAAUUUAGCAUCCAUGGCCGACGAUUCCAAGCUUCAUAUUGCUAUGUUCCCAUGGCUAGCCUUGGGUCACAUCAUCCCAUAUUUAGUGCUCUCCAAACUCAUAGCUCAAAAGGGUCAUAAAAUCUCCUUCAUCUCCACUCCUCGAAACAUCCAUCGUCUUCCAAAACUUCCCCCAAACUUAGCCCCUCUCAUCAAUUUCGUUAAGCUUCCACUGCCUCAAGUCGAUGGCCUCCCGGAAGACGCAGAGUCCACCACCGACGUCCCUUACGAUAAAGUCCAAUACCUUAAGAAAGCCUACGAUGGUCUCAAAGAUCCUAUCACCGUUUUCCUUGAAACUUCACGUCCCGAUUGGCUUCUUUAUGAUUUUUCCCCUUAUUGGUUGCCUCGUAUAGCUACUAGUCUUGGCAUUUCAAAUGCCUUCUUCAGUAUACUCUUGGGUGCAGCACUGUGUAACGCGAAGCCGUACUCUGCAAUUGAUGAUCGCACGAAACCAGAAGACUUUACUGUCCCACCAAAGUGGAUUACUUUUCCUACCAAGGUAGUGUUUCGGCUUUUUGAAAUCUCAAGAAUUUUUGAUUCAGUAACAGCUAAUGCGUCCGAAGUUUCCGACUCUUAUCGUAUGGAAGAGGUUUUAAGAGGUUGUGAAAUGAUUGCUGUGAGGAGCUCCUUGGAGUUUGAACCAGAAUGGUUGCACCUGCUAGAAGAGAUCCAAGGGAAACCUUGUAUACCGGUUGGUAUGCUUCCCACUACGGACUACGACACCGGCGAGGAAAUUGACACAUGGAGUUCAAUCAAACAAUGGCUUGAUAAUCAAGGGAAGGGUUCUGUAGUGUAUGUAGCUUUUGGCAGUGAGGCCAAACCGAGUCAAAUAGAGAUUACUGAGAUUGCUCUCGGGUUAGAGUUGUGUGGAUUACCAUUCUUUUGGGUGCUGAGGAAGCGUCGCGGCUUGGCUGAUACUGAGGUGGUCGAGUUACCAGAUGGAUUCGAGGAACGAACAAAAGGGCGUGGCGUGGUGUGCACUAGUUGGGCUCCUCAACUCAAGAUCUUAGGUCAUGAUUCGGUUGGUGGUUUCUUGACUCACUCUGGGUGGAGCUCGGUUGUGGAGGCGCUUCAACAUGAGAAAGCUCUGAUACUCUUGCCAUUCUUGGGGGACCAAGGGUUAAAUGUGAGGAUUUUGGAGGAGAAGAAAUUGGGAUACCCAAUACCAAGGAACGAAUUGGACGGAAGUUUCACUAGGAAGUCAGUUGCCGAGUCAGUGAGAUUGGCAAUGGUGGAGGAAGAGGGUAAGAUUUACAGAGAAAAAGCUAAGGAGAUGAGAGGAUUGUUUGGGGACAGAGAAAGACAGAAUAGGUACAUAGACAACUUUCUGGGUUACCUCAAGAGCCAUAGGCGUCCAUGAAGAUUGAUAACCUGCUCAAAGUACAAAUGGUGUUCAGAAUAUCAGAAAAGAACAAAGAAGAAGAAGAAGAAGAAGAAGAAGAAAGAAGAAGGCGGUAUUCUAGAAACUAAUUGUGUUGUCGUAUCAAUGCAAGUGGAUGUUAAUUACUGAUAUUAAUUUCUCAUGAACCAUCAUUAUCUUUACUAGCAUUAUUAAUUUCUAGCAUAA